CCGCGAUCGCUCUGGCGUGCAAACAGACACGGCUCGGAACUAGAUCCCCCUAAUCAAAACCCCAACUUUUUUAUGAAAAAGCGAUCUUGUUUGAUCUGAAGGCUCCACGGAGCGAGACGCGUGCAGACAGCAGGAGGAAGCCCCGCCGGUGAGCCAGAAGAGGGAUGACUCCACGUGGAGAAAUGAGGUGCGUCUAGAAGCUCCUGUGUGAGAAGAAACCUUUCCAGAGAGUUUUCCAGACCAGGAUGGGAAAUUCAGAGAGCCAGUACAGCAUAGAGGGUCCAAAAGGAACAAGCCUCGUCUUCCCCGGGAAACAGAAGCCGUAUUCAUUGAAGCUCCGCUCAGCCAGGGACGAUGUCCUGUCGCCACAUACGUGGUGGAAAAACUCCCCGGCGGGCUCCCGCUACAAGGCCCGGUGUGUCGGCCGCGGCUGCCUGUCCCCCGCUAAGAGCCGGCCGUCCUACUCGGCCCAGCGCUGCGACUACGUCCCCAGAGGAGUGAGGGGAGGGCCGAGCGAGCAUUGCUGGCAUCGCUCCCCUGGGUGUGGCGUGCGCAGCCGACACAUGUCGGAUGCCUACGAGGAGAACCCGUACGGGGGCGAGCUCGGCGGGCGCAUGCUGAACGGACACAGCGCCGAGCGCGAGGCGUUGGAGGAGCAGAGCAGUCCCAGGGUGGUGAUUAAGAAGGAUGGUUCUCUCAGAGUGGAGUUCACCAACAGUUCAGGGAACCCCCUGGUCCUGGACGGGGCGUCCGGCCCUGUCCAGCUGCUCAAGUUCUCUCCCAAUCUGGAGUCGGCUUCCACGCCCAGCCUGCCCGGCUCCAGCGGCAGCAGACAGGACGACCACCGGGGCGGCCCGCCGCCGGCUUCUACCUCGUCCACGGCCAGAACCAGCAAGGGGAGCUCGCUGAGCUCCGAGGGCUCCUGGUAUGACUCUCCCUGGGGCCCCGGCGCGGAGCUCUGCGAGCAGGACCAGCCGUCCUCGGCCAGCCGGACGUUAGUGCACUCCCCCAUGCACCAGCUGGACGCCUUCGCCCAGCAGUCCCCCCCUGUGUCCAUCUCCGACCUCUACAGGGACCCCACCAUGGCGGCUACUUUCCCCACCGCCAAGGACUUGUCCUCCCAGCUGCAGGACUCCCUGCCGGGGCGGAGGCCCCACCGGGCCUCCUUCGCAUCGGCCCUGGACGUUCCUGUGGAGGAGGAAUGCCCGGAAUCCCGGCAGUACAUGUCCUACACUCUGCCCUGCCGCCGCUCCAAAGCCCACACGGUCACCGAGGGCCAGGACCAGGACCAGGACCAGGACCAGGACCAGACGCCGAGCCAGGAGCUGGCCGGACACGAGUUUGUCUUCUACAAAAAAGACUCCAUCAAAAAUCGCAUGAGGCGGUUCAGCGACUGGACGGGGAGCCUCAGCCGCAAGAAGAGGAAGUCCCAGGAGACCAGGUACAAGGACCUGGGCGAUGCUUUUGACAGCGGGGUGGACGGCCUGACGGCAGACACCAGCUCCCCCUCCCAGGUCUCCAGCCUGUGGUUCCCCGGAGCCGCCAGGGCCCAGUCUUCAGGAGCCAUCCACCAGACGACCAGCGACGCCCUCCGCCAGAACAUCUAUGAGAACUUCAUGAGGGAGCUGGAGACGGGCGCCGGGCAGGGAGCGGGAGAAAGGAGAGACCCGUCCACCGGCACGGAGGAAGGGGAGAGCAGCAGCGAGUCGGCCGAGGGCUCGCUGGAGCAGCUGGACCUUCUGUUUGAGAAGGAGCAGGGCGUGGUCCGGCGGGCCGGCUGGCUCUCCUUCAAACCCAUCGUCACCCUGCACAAAGACAGGAAGCUGGAGCUGGUGACCCGCCGCAAGUGGAAGCACUACUGGGUCACCCUGAAAGGGUGCACGUUGCUGUUCUAUGAAACGUACAGCAAAGGCUCUCCGGAGCAGGAGAUGUCGCCUCGCUACGCCCUCCUGGCGGAGGACAGCAUCGUCCAGGCCGUUCCCGAACACCCCAAGAGGGAGAACGUGUUCUGCCUGAGCAACUCGUACGGGGACGUCUACCUAUUCCAGGCCAGCAACCAGACGGACCUGGAGAACUGGGUCACAGCCAUCCACUCCGCCAGCGCCUCGCUGCUGGCCAAGCGCCAGGGGAAGGAGGACACGGUGCGCCUGCUGCGCAGCCAGGUCCGCGGCCUGCUGCAGAAGAUCGACAUGGAUGGGAAGAUGAAGAAGAUGGCGGAGCUGCAGCUGACCGUCGUCAGCGACCCCAGGAACCGCAAGGCCAUCGAGAACCAGAUCCAGCAGUGGGAACAGAACCUGGAGCGGUUCAACAUGGACCUCUUCCGGAUGCGCUGCUACCUGGCCAGCCUGCAGGGCGGAGAGCUGCCCAACCCCAAGAGCCUGCUAGCCAUCGCCAGCCGCCCCACCAAAAGCACCCUGGGUCGCCUGGGGAUCUUCUCCGUCUCCUCCUUCCACGCACUGAUCUGUUCCAGAGACGAAGCCACAGUCAGGAGGCGCUCCUUGUCUCAGACUUGCAAACAGCGCAAGAAAGGCCUCUUCUCCUCUCUGAAAGGUCUGGACAACCUAACGAAGAGAGGCCGGGACAAGAGACCCUCCGUAUCACAGAUCUAUGAAAGCGAUGCUGGAGGUCAGAUGUACGCCCUGCCUCCCAGGAGCUCCGAGAGGCUGGACGUGUUGACCAGCAUCUACUCCAUGUCGCCCCCCGAGGGCGGCGUUUGGGACGGUAUCGGCGGUGCCACGGACGCGCCGAUGUGCGUCCACACGCCAGACGGCCUGACAGUCCAAGUUCCCGUCAGAGGAGAGCAGACAGUCGCCGACCUUCUCUGUGCAGCCUGCAAGGUGAAACAGCUGGACCCGGGCUCGCACGUGCUCCGGCUGCGCAGGCGAUCGGGACAGGGUGUGGAGCUGCGAUACGUGGCUCCUGGCGAGCUCCUGCACAAUCUGGUCAGCGAUCAGCUGGAGGUGGUCCCCGCUAAUGUGUUUACGCUGCACAUGAGGCGGCCGGGCAGCACUGCGGACUUCGGUUUUGCGGUAACGGGACACAAAGACAGCCAGAGGAACAGCAGGAUUUUUGUCAGUGAAGUGCUCCAUGACGGCCUGGCCUUCAGUGAAGGUCUGCGGGCAAGUGAUGAAAUCCUGGUGCUGAACGGCCGCUCCGUGUCGGGCCUGGACCUGGCGCUGAUCCAGACUCUGUUUGCAGAACAAACCCUGCACCUGCGGCUGAGGCGGGACGGCCCUGUGCCGGUCGCUGUGGUCGCCGGCUGCAAACCCAGUCCGGAGGUCCGCAGCAAACACCACAGAGCCAAGUCCUCAUCAGAUGUGUUUGCUGCAGCCGAUGGUGGAGAGUCCCUGUGCAUAGGACUGGAGGAGGGUCACUCCCACUGCGCACACAGGCCUGUUCAGCACAGCCAGAGCGUGGACACGGUGUGCGCGCUCUACCAGUCCUUCCACGAAGGCUCAGGCUCGCGCGGCGGUGGAGUGAUGGAGGACAUCAGGGAACCUUCGGCCAGGCAGGCAGGAGAGGUGGGAUCAGCUCCUCCCCGGGAGGGCACGCUCCUAAGACCUUGUCCCAAGCACUUGAGCGCCACCGAGAGGCUGCGGAAGGUCAUCCAGGAGCUGGUGGACACGGAGAAGUCCUACGUCAAGGACCUGGAGUGUUUGUUCGAGAUCUACCUGAAACCCCUGCAGAGUGAAACCUUCCUCACCCUGGACGAGAUGGAGAGUCUGUUUGGCAGCCUGCCCGAGAUGCUGGACUUCCAGAGGGUCUUCUUGCAGACGCUGGAAGAGAGGAUCGCCUCCUCGCCAGACUUCAGCACCCUGGAGACCCCGUCGCAGUUCAAGAAGCUGCUGUUUUCACUGGGGGGUUCGUUCCUCUACUACGCCGACCACUUCAAGCUCUACAGCGGCUUCUGUGCGAACCACAUCAAGGUCCAACAGGUCCUAAAGAGAGCUAAGACGGAUCAGGCUUUCAAAGAAUUCCUGGACGCCAGAAACCCCACCAAGCAGCACUCGUCCACCCUGGAGUCGUACCUGAUCAAACCGGUGCAGAGGGUGUUGAAGUAUCCCCUGCUGCUCAGGGAGCUGGUCUCCCUCACUGACACGGACAGCGAGGAGCACUACCACCUCACCGAGGCUCUGAAAGCCAUGGAGAAGGUGGCGAGCCACAUCAAUGAGAUGCAGAAGAUCUACGAGGACUACGGCUCUGUGUUCGACCAGCUCGUCACCGAGCAGACCGGCCACGAUAGAGAGGUCACAGAGAUUUCCAUGGGAGAGUUUCUCAUGCAUUCGUCGGUGGUUUGGCUCAACCCCCAUCCAUCACUGGGCCGCAUGAGAAAAGACCCCGAGAUGACCGUGUUUGUGUUCAAAAAAGCAGUGAUAUUGGUCUACAGGGAAAACAACAAGCUGAAGAAAAAGAUGACAAACCCUCGUUCAGCACUUGGCCACGGCGAUUCAGACCCGUUUAAGUUCCGAUGGCUGGUCCCUCGCUCUGCGCUGCAGGUCAGGCUGGGGAACGGUGCAGGAACAGGCACGGAGAGCAGCUGCAUCUGGGAGCUGGUUCACUCCCGCUCUGAAGUGGAAGGCAGACCGGAGACGGUCUUCCAGCUGUGCAGCAGUGUGCCGGAGGACAAGGUCGGCGUCAUCAAGGUGAUCCGCUCGCUCCUCCGAGAGAACGUGAGGAGGAACAUGAGGAGCGACGGAACGCUGGACAGAACCUGCAAGGACCGCCUGGUCCCGCUGCGCAGCGCCGUCCCUUCCUCCGCCAAGUUCGGUUCCUCCAGGGCUUCCUGGCUGUGCAAGCAGCCGCUGGAGGAGGUCUCCACCCAGGGUGGGGGUCCCAAGCCGGGGCCCGACUCGGACGAGGGCAGCUUGAGCAGCGGAACCUACAGCUUCUCCGGGGCUCCUCCGGCCUGCGCCGCCUCCGACCCGCACGUCUUCCCCGCUCAGCAGAGCUGGUCCCGAGCUACGGGGCCCGACUCGCGACCCCACUCCACCCUGAAGGAGUCGGACAUCUUGAGCGACGAGGACGACGACGGCUUCGGCGAGGGCGGCACGAGGAGGGACAGCGGAGACAGCGGCUCCCCGACCAGCGCCAUCGAGGCUCAGUUCCUGCAGCUCCAGCUGUCGGAGGACGCCGCGUCCAAGUGUCCGCCGGCGCCGUGCGUUCAACCGGAGAGAGUCGGCGACACCCCCGAGGUCCAGCCCAAGCUCCUGCGGGGACACUUCGGUGCGGUCAAGAGGAAAUCGGACAGUUUCAGAAAGAGUCCGCUGCUGCGUGUGAAGGAGCAGAAUGUUUUGCCGGACAGCCGGGCGGCUCCAGCAUCGCCGUGUGGCGCGCUGGACCUCAACAUGUUGCUGGAGAGGGAGUUCAGCGUCCACAGCCUGACGUCUGUAGUGAACGAGGACUGUUUCUUUGACCCAGCUGAGAGCUGUGGAGAAGCCCCCCCCUCAUAGGGACAGAACAGGACUGCACUGAUUCUGAGCCACAGAUACGUAGCCAUACAGAAAUAUAGGGCUGUGCAAAGUCCCCGUGUCACAAGUGGGGAAGUCCCCGUGGCUGACUGUGGCGUCUGCCAGGCUGGGCGGCUGCGAGGCUGCGCCUGAACCCAGAGGUCCGUAAAGUGUGACACCCAGCUGCAGGGAAGCGUUAGGUGUAAAUGAUCUCUUGGCUGGCAGACCUGGGCUCUUCCCCUGAAGAGGUGCAGCGAGGUGAUUUCUGUCCCGGUGACGACUGCAAUGAAUCUGCCAAGCACUGGUGUGAAUCUGCGAGCUCUCCAGUCGCGGCUGAAAGCCCGGCCCUCCUCUCAGCAAACCAUCUUAGUGACAUAUUACAAUCCAACCCCUCCUUCUGCAGCUCAUGCUGAUUGGCAGUUUCUAUUUGAUUCCUGACCUUUUUCUGUGAAUACUGGGAAUUCAUCCUCGUCUGUCAGAAGAGUCCACGAAGCAUUUUCAGUACAGACGGAGCACCCUGACACGAAUCCAGUUACUCAGGCUGGCGCAGAGACAAAACCGACACUGUUGUCCAGGCAGCAGCCGUUCACAUGAGCUCAGAUCACUAAAGCAUUCAGUUUAACGGAACAAAACGUUUCAGAUCACCGCUGGUACGAACUCUAUUUCAGCUCAGACUGAAUGAGGCGAUCAUAGUCUACCACUCAGAGCUGCACUGGUCCAGACAAGCAGGAAGGAGAUGGACUUUACUCCACAAAGCCUUUUUUGCUGUAUUUUGUGCACUAAACUACGCUGUUUUGCCUAUAUAUUUGAAUAUUUUUUUUAUAUGUACAGGUUAUAAUGUUAUUACUGCUGUUUUUAUUUAUUAGUAGGAUUGAUUAUGUGCAUCUUCGCUGAGAAACAUUUUGGGUGAAGGCUUGAACUCUUGGCUACAGAUUUGUUCUACUUUCUGAAAUAAAAAUAUACCUUUUUUUUUUAUUAUCGUUUUAAAUGUAGCCGGCUGGAUUUGGUUGUUUCACUGAAGACUGUAAUUUCCAAGUUUAUGCAUUGGAAUGUACUUAAAAAUGCAAUAAUGGUUGAAAUCCUUUUUUUUUUUUUUUAAAUGUUUGUAUGUUUUUUUUCUGUAUAUAAUCUUUUUCUAACAUUUAUGUACAGUCUUACAUACUUGUACAGUUGAGAAAUGAGGCAGGAUUUUGAAGCGGAUAUUUUUGUAGACCUGGUUUGCCAUAGUGUAAGAUACAUUUUGAGGUACUAUUAUGAACAAAAAAAAAAAAAAAAAGGCAAGCCACUAUCCUUCAGUUCAACUUUACAAGCCUUUAAUGCUAGUACACCAAUGAAUGUGAAUGCUCCAUUCUCAUGGGAUUGUUUUAUGAAUAAAAGUUUAUCUGUGAAUAACA